GCAUUGUCUUUUUCUUCAGUUCCAGCCAUGUUGUUUACAUUCGUUGCUAUAUAACGUCAAGCGUCUGACGAGUACCUGUCAACCGCUCCAAAGACAAUGACACUUCUGGUUUACUUCCUGUAUUAAAAGUGAAAGUUGGCCCAGCUGAGAAAUGGCUCAGAACGUUCAGAUUUGUGAAAUAAGCAGCGAUGUGAAAGACAGACUGAAGAAGAUGAGAUUCCGCAAAGAAAAGAAUGUGGCUGCCCUCUUGUUGAAAGUGGACAUUGCCAGUAUGACUGUAGUGCUGGAUGAAGAAUAUGAGGAUACAAAUAUUGAGGACGUGCAAUCUGAGCUUCCCGAGCAUCAGCCCAGAUUUCUCGUGAUCAGCUACGUGUAUAACCACGGCGACGGCAGGAUCUCAUAUCCACUCUGCUUUAUCUACAUCUCACCUAGCGGCUGUAAACCAGAGUUAUGCAUGAUGUAUGCUGGAACCAGGAAUGUGUUGCAGAAAGAAUUAGGAAUUACAAAGGACUUUGAAAUACGAAGUACAGACGAGCUAACAGUUGAAUGGCUGGAAGACAAGCUACGAUUCUUCAAAUAGGUCUUCCAGAAACAUGAUCUCUGAUCUUAGUUCUAUGCACAGCAAUGUAACACCAUUAAGUACAUGCUAUUCACAACUAACUUGUUUUACAACUGUGAGAAGAAAACGUUGUUUUUUACAUGGUUUAAUAAUUAUAGGUUAUUAGACGUUUCACUGUACAAUACGGAGAUAUAUUUGGACGAGCACACAGUUUGAAGUCAUAUUGGACAGGCCGUUAUGCGAGUCCAAUAUGACUUCAAACUGUGUGCGAGUCCAAAUAUAUCACGUAUUGUACAGUUUAAACGUCUAAUAAAUUUUUUAUUUUAUAUCCUCAUUACCAAACCAGCUUUCCGUAUUUUUAUUUUCAUUCAUUGAUUACGCACUUUAUGACGUAUCUCGUGUGACUUCAUUUCUCUGACGAAACAUACUAGUAUAAGCAAGACUCUGCAUUUUAGGGACAACAAUAUGGAGGUGGUAGUGUUUAAUAAAUCUAGUAGCAAAUUAUACCAUUUUGAUAGCAUUGAACGAAUCCAAAAGGCAAAACGUAUUUCGGAUUGUGUGUUUGUCAUGCAUAAUUGUUAACUUCGAUAGGAAUAAAACAACUCGCUCCGACAGGAUUACGAAUUCGUAAAUUGUGUUUUGGCCUUUGGGUCAGAAUGGUGAGCAUGUGUACAAACGCUAUCAACAAAUACUGUGGUUUAAAAUACAUUUCGAUAAAUGGAUGGAAGAACAGAAAAUGGGAAAUGGAAAUGCAUAUCAUUGUAAUUUAGUUGUUAUUAGGCUAGCAUUGGAUUAAAGUUGUCAUUGAGGUUAAUAAAAUUGAUUUUUUGUUUUGCUGUUGCAUAUUUGUUUUCAAUUUCUAGCAAUAACAAUAUCACUUGCUUUUGCACUUUUUUAAAUUUCUAACAAUAAAAAUUAAUUAAAUAUCACAUUCUCGAUUCGUUUUUUUUAUUUCCUCUCAUAUUUUCAAUAGGAAAGUAUUAAAAAGAGACAUACAAGCAAAAUAUCGCCUGUGUGAAUCGAUUAUAGUACAUUCGGAUACUUUUUCUCGGUAACGGCUUUUAUCGUUAUAAAACAAUUGCUUAGUGCACUUGUACUCAACUGUCCAAUAUGGAAAAAAUACAGACUUUUUGGAUCCAAUACCGGAAUAUAUUGGACGGUCACGUGGUACAUAUGAAGAAUGCCGAUUGGAUGAAUUUAUUGUAUAUAGAAUAAUAGUUUUUAUCCCACUUUUAUAGCGAAUUCGGUUGAUUAAAGCCCCAUUGAUUAAAUAUCAUAUAUAAUCAACAGCAGGAAAUGACGUCAUUAUUUCGACGAAAUGACGUCAUAAAGUCAGCAAAAUUAUUCAGGGAAACUAAUUUUGUUUAAAUAAAAAGGUUUACAAAAUAAGAAGUGGGAUAAAUAGAAUAAUAGAUAAGUGUUGAUUAUAGAUCAGGUUUAUCAUGCUCUGCACGAAAAUGAAAAAGCACUCGCCAAGGCUGGUGCUUUUUGUUUUCUAAGCCUCGCAUGAUAAACCUGAUCUAUAAUCAACACUUGCCUAUUAUUCUCUAUUUUUCACAUGUCUGUAGUGUAGUGUUUUUUUUGCAUCCAGUUUUUGAUGUGCAGUAAAAUCAUUUUGAUAUGUUAUACUAUGGCAUAGUCCCAUUUUGGUUAAUCACAAUAUUUGAACUUAAAAAUUUGACAAAUUAGCUCAUGUUCUUCUCACAUGUGUAAAAAAUGUGGUUUGUGAAAAAGAUGCACAGCAGAAUUCUGUUUGUAACCUCUUCUAUUGCAAUGUUCAAUUCAGGUACCUCUUCGUGGUUUUACUAUUGUAAUUUUUUUACAUUAAAGUGUUAUACACAAACGGGCAUUUUGUCUGCUUUUAACUGUUUCAUUCAGUUAAGUACAGUAUUUUGUGACAUGGAUAAUUGUUAUUUUAAUUGACAUUAUAUUUUAUCAAGGCUUACUUGCCAUGUUAAGUCUUUUCCUUGUCUAUUGUUUUUUUUUCAAUGUAAAAAGAAAUCAGGAAGAUGUUUUCAAAGACUUAAAAACGAAAAUAUUGGAAAACUUAUUAUUUCAUAAUCAUAAUGACAAUAAUAAGGAAAUCAAAGGGAAAUCAAAACACUAUAACUUUGUAUUUAUACAGUUUCCAGUAAUAAUUAGAAAAUAUGUGUGAUAUUUAUUGUUUGUAAGAUUUCUUUUUCCAGAUACUAGUUACAAUUUUUAUAUCAUAUUAUUUGAUCUUAUUAUUAUUCUAACAUAUCAGGUAUUACCAUGAAAUGUUAAUGAAAUAUUUAUAAUUAAAUGAAACUGUUACUAACGUCUAAUUAAUCAUAUUAUUUUAUUUCAUAGUGAAAACUUACACCUUAGUUUAUUGUGUGAUAUUUUUAUCAUUCUUUUGUUUGUUGGUUUCUAUGGAAAUGCAUUCCAAAUUCGUAUCCAAAACACAUGCAACAUGUAAAUGAACUCAUGACACUUUAUCCCUGCAAAUUAAACUAGAUAUUUAUAAGCUAGACUAUCUGAUUUAAUUAUAAGAUGGUGCAAUACUAAUAAAAUUAAAUUGACUGCCUUUGAUUUUAAACCCAUACGCAAGUAUUAUGUUAAGAUUUUGUUCAGAAGCGACCACAUUUGUUUUAUCUUAAAUUUGUCCAACAGAUGAUGCUAAGUAGGUUAUCUGCAACUGAUUUCAAGGAAUAUGUUUUUACCAAUAUUAAAUAUGUGUCCAUAGGACAAACUUUUUUGGAGUUGAAUGGAUACAAAUAAGUAUUUAUAGCUGUUCUAUGUUCUAUCUGAUGAAGCUCCUAUUGUAAAAUACAAGUCUAUAUAAAGAACUCUUUGCUACCAUAAUAUGCAGUAACAAAGUAAUUUCCCUUUACUGCAACCAAUUCAUUCUAUCUCUAAUAUUUAUAUACACAUUUGAUAUUUAAUCACCCAUAUGAUGUAUACUAUUCUCUUUGGCCUUAUGGUGCUUACAUAAUUGUUGAGCCUUUAAACUGUUAGUUUUCUGGCUAACGAGAUACGAUUUGUAUUACUCAUAAUUCUGUAAAGUAUUCUUUUGAGACAUCUUAUGCUGAAAUACCUAUUUGAGUCAACAUUGUUUUGCCUUUGGGACCAUUGGUUACAUAUUGAUUACGUAUUUCACCUUUUUGGUGUCACAUAUAUUUUCGAUAUGUUGAUUUUAUGAGUGCAAUGUUUUAAAUCAAUAAAAUAGAGAAUCUUGUUUAAA